AUCGACAAAACCUACCCCAAGCAAAGCAUUCAUACAAGAAUUCAUUGUUUCCACUAUUUAGUAUUUACCCAAUCAUAUGAUCUCUCUCUUCAUCAACAAACACAUCUUCACUCACUAAAAUAGCAAUUUCCUAAUAUGUCAUUCAAGAAACUCCACUAUCGUCUUUCCGCUUUGUUUUUUUAAGUAUUAUCCAUACUUCUACUUUCAUCAAACCCUUCAAUCAUACAUAGAUUCACCUUAAUUUCAUGCUGCAAAAAAUUAUUCCGAAACCCCAAUCUCUCCCUUUCCAAAUAUACAAAACCCUAACUAGCUACAACCUUCAUUUUUAGCAACAAUAAAAACCAUUUCUUCUAGUAUUUCUGUUUUCCCCUCUUCUGACAUACUAUAAAAUUCAGUCACGCAGUUAUGGAUGUGGAAUGCCCCAACUCGGACAGCAUCAGCAACAACAACGACAACAACAACAAUCCAAACUCGUCCUCAUCCGCGGCGACGCUGAGCCGCUACGAGAACCAGAAGCGGCGCGACUGGAACACCUUCGGGCAGUACCUAAAGAACCACCGGCCCCCGCUGUCGCUGAGCCGGUGCAGCGGGGCCCACGUGCUUGAGUUCCUCCGCUACCUCGACCAGUUCGGGAAGACGAAGGUGCACAACCCCAUCUGCCCCUUCUUCGGCCACCCGGUCCCCCCCGCCCCCUGCCCCUGCCCGCUCCGCCAGGCCUGGGGCAGCCUCGACGCCCUCGUAGGCCGCCUCCGCGCCGCCUACGAAGAAAACGGCGGGAAGCCUGAAACCAACCCUUUCGGCGCCAGGGCAGUCCGCCUCUACCUGCGCGAGGUCCGCGAUAUGCAGUCCAAGGCAAGGGGAGUCAGCUACGAGAAGAAGAAGAGGAAGCGCCCGCUGCCGCACACGGCCGUUCCGCCGCCGGGUGAAGGUUUAUGAUUGGUUAGUUAAUUAGCAUGCGAGGCUCCUCCCCCUUCCUAGCUUCUUUUAAUUUGUUUCGUAAUUUUCGAGAAUAUGAUCAGCUAGAUCUUAAUUUUAGAAUUAAUAGUAGUGGAGUAACAUUUAGUUUAUGUUUAAAGUUUGGAUUAUGGGGGUUGCUUAUGAUCACUUAUGAAUAUGAGGUUUUGAUUUGGGGGAAAAGAAAAAAAAAACUGUUGCAGUUUGAAGUCCAUAAACAGUUGCUGUCCGGAAAAAGGCUGUUGGAAUAGUAGUAAUAUUAUGAUGUAUCAAAUCUCAUAAAUUUCUGCGAUUUCAUAAACGCGUCAGAUUUUCUUGUUGGGAUUA